AUGUCUGGCUGUCUUUUUAAAAGCAACUGUGUGUCUAUGGACUGGGAUAAAGAUGGAGACAUCCUAGCAGUAAUUGCUGAGAAAUCUAAUUGCAUUUAUCUAUGGGAUGCCAACACAAACAAGACCAGCCAACUAGACAGCGGCAUGAGGGAUGAAAUGUCUUUCCUUGUUUGGUCAAAAGUUGGAAGUUUCCUGGCUGUUGGAACUAUGAAAGGAAAUUUGCUUAUUUAUAAUCAUCAGACAUCUCGAAAGAUUCCUGUCCUUGAUCUCCAGAUAUGGUCACUUGGCACCUGCCCUCUGAAUACCUCGAAGACUGGGAGGUUCAUCUAUGCAUCUAAUAAAAUACAGAUUCUGUUUCAUCCAGAACUUCUAAGUAUUUGUGGCAAUAGAUGUUCAGUUCUUAGUCUAGUUUUAGUCAGAAAUGAAACAUCCGUGAGAUUUGAGCCAAGCGACAUGCAGUUUUCCACAAAGAAGAUGGAUGAUCGAGGUUCUUCUACUGAAAACACAAUAAGUGUGGUGAUUGGCAAGAGAAAUUUGUUUCUUUAUUAUCUGAAUGAGCCAGAUACCCCAGUGGAUGUGGAAUUUCAGCAGCGGUACGGCAACAUUGUCUGCUAUAGUUGGUAUGGGGACGGCUACAUCCUCAUUGGAUUUUCACGUGGGAAUCUUGUGGUAAUUUCGACUCAUAUUCGAGAAAUUGGGCAGGAGAUAUUCCAGACGCGCGACUAUAAAGACAGUCUAACCAGUAUUGCCUUAUCGCAGAGUCUGAACAAAGCAGCUACAUGUGGCGAUAACUGUGUUAAAAUCCAUGACUUAACUGAGUUAAAAGACAUGUAUGCCAUCAUCAACCUGGAUGAUGAAAAUAAAGGCCUGGGAACCUUGUCGUGGACAGAUGACGGGCAGUUGCUGGCACUCUCUACUCAAAUGGGCUCGCUGCACGUUUUCCUGACAAAGCUGCCCAUUCUCGGGGACUCCUGCCAGACAAGGAUCGCGUAUCUCACCUCCCUCCUGGAGGUCACCGUGGCCAACCUCGUUGAAGGAGAGCAACCAAUUGUAAUCUCUGUGGAUGUGGAACCCAACUUCGUGGCCGUGGGUCUUUAUCAUCUGGCUGUAGGCAUGAAUAAUCGAGCUUGGUUUUAUUCCUUAGGGGAUAAUGGUGUAAGAAAGUUAAAAGAUAUGGAGUAUCUGGGCACGGUGGCCAGUGUGUGCCUUCACAGUGACUAUGCAGCUGCGCUCUUUGAAGGCAAAGUCCAGUUACACUUGAUAGAAACUGAAAUCCUGAACACCCAAGAAGAGCGCGAGACUCGGCUCUUCCCAGCAGUGGACGACAAGUGUCGUAUUUUGUGUCAUGCCUUAACGGGGGAUUUCCUCAUCUAUGGGACAGAUACUGGGGUUAUUCAGUACUUCUUCAUAGAAGACUGGCAGUUCGUUAGUGAAUACCGACAUCCUGUCAGCGUGAAAAAGAUUUUUCCUGACCCAGAUGGGACCAGAUUGGUUUUCAUUGAUGAAAAAAGUGAUGGAUUUGUCUACUGUCCAAUUAAUGAUGCCACCUACGAGAUUCCAGACCUCUCGCCUACCAUUAAAGGUGUUCUGUGGGAAAACUGGCCAAUGAAUAAAGGUGUAUUUCUUGCUUACGAUGAUGAUAAGGCCUACACUUACGUCUUUCACAAGGACACUAUACAAGGAUCCAAGGUUAUUUUGGCUGGUGGCACCAAGGUUCCCUUCUCUCAUAAACCUUUGCUGUUAUACAAUGGCGAGCUGACCUGCCAGACACAGAGCGGGAAGCUGAACAACAUCUACCUCAGCACCCACACUUUCCUCUACAACCUCAAAGACUUGCAUCCCACUGACCUGAGGCAAAUGUUGUCACAGACCCUCAUGCUCAAGAGGUUUUCCGACGCUUGGGAAAUAUGCAAGAUCCUGAUGGACCCGGAUGCGUGGAGGGAGCUGGCCAGAGCUUGUCUACACCACAUGGAAGUGGACUUCGCAAUCCGUGUGUAUCGGACGAUUGGGGAUGUUGGAAUAGUGAUGUCCUUGGAACAAAUAAAGGGAAUAGAGGACUACAGUCUACUGGCAGGACAUCUCGCCAUGUUCACCAAUGACUUCAACCUGGCUCAGGACCUGUACCUGGCAUCCAGCUGUCCCAUAGCUGCCCUGGAGAUGAGAAGGGACUUACAGCAUUGGGACAGUGCCCUGCAACUGGCCAAACGCCUGGCCCCAGACCAAAUACCAUUCAUAUCCAAAGAAUACGCCAUUCAGCUGGAAUUCACGGGUGAUUAUGUAAAUGCUUUGGCUCAUUAUGAAAAGGGCAUCACGGGUGAUAAUAAGGAACAUGAUGACGUGUGCCUGGCGGGGGUGGCCCAGAUGGCCAUACGAAUGGGGGACAUCCGCAGAGGGGCCAACCAAGCCCUCAAGCACCCCAGCAGAGUCCUCAAAAGAGACUGUGGAGCCAUACUGGAAAACAUGAAGCAAUUUUCAGAAGCAGCCCAACUCUACGAGAAAGGCCUGUACUAUGACAAGGCUGCAUCUGUUUACAUCCGCUGUAAGAACUGGGCAAAAGUUGGUGAGCUCCUGCCUCACGUUUCCUCUCCAAAGAUCCACUUGCAGUAUGCCAAAGCUAAAGAAGCAGAUGGAAGGUACAAGGAAGCUGUGGUGGCGUAUGAGAGUGCCAAGCAGUGGAACAGUGUGAUCCGCAUCUACCUGGACCACCUCAAUAACCCCGAAAAGGCCGUCAGCAUCGUCAGGGAGACCCAGUCUCUGGAUGGAGCCAAGAUGGUGGCCAGGUUUUUCCUACAGCUGGGUGACUAUGGGUCUGCUAUCCAGUUUCUGGUCAUGUCCAAAUGUAACAAUGAAGCUUUCACCCUGGCUCAGCAGCACAACAAAAUGGAAAUAUAUGCAGAUAUCAUUGGUUCUGAAGACACAACUAAUGAAGACUACCAAAGCAUUGCCUUAUACUUCGAAGGGGAAAAAAAACAUCUCCAGGCUGGAAAAUUCUUCCUGCUAUGUGGCCAAUAUUCACGAGCACUUAAACACUUCCUGAAGUGCUCAAACUCAGAAGAUAAUGUGGCAAUAGAAAUGGCAAUUGAAACUGUUGGCCAGGCCAAGGAUGAACUGCUGACCAACCAGCUGAUCGACCAUCUGAUGGGCGAGAGUGACGGCAUGCCUAAGGAUGCCAAGUACCUGUUCCGUCUGUACAUGGCACUAAAACAAUACCGAGAAGCUGCCCGGACUGCCAUCAUCAUCGCCAGAGAAGAACAGUCUGCAGGAAACUAUCGGAAUGCCCAUGACGUUCUUUUCAGCAUGUACGCAGAACUGAAAUCCCAGAAGAUCAAAAUCCCCUCUGAGAUGGCCACCAACCUCAUGAUCCUGCACAGCUACGUGCUUGUGAAGAUUCACGUGAAGAAUGGAGAUCACCUGAAGGGGGCACGCAUGCUCAUUCGCGUGGCCAACAACAUUAGCAAAUUCCCUUCACGUGAGUACUCUGGGCCAGUGCAGGCCCCACGCUCCCAGCUCCACCUGGUAACUCAGCCCACACCAACCCUACGACACAGUGCGGGCCGGCACAUGGUGAAAGAUGAUUGGACAAUGUGUCCGCACUGUGAGUUCCCCGCGCUCUACUCGGAACUGAAGAUCAUGUUAAACACUGAAAGCACAUGUCCUAUGUGUUCAGAGAGAUUAAAUGCUGGCCAACUGAAAAAAGUUUCCGACUAUACACAAUACCUGCGAGCAGACAUGGAACAGUGAGCUGCAGGCGGAGAUAAAAUGUUCCUGAUAAAUGGCAUUUUUCCCCAGGAGGCUGUUUCCCCCCCGGGUGGACUUGGAAUGACCACUUCUGGAUAGACAAAAAGCAGCAAAGAUGGUCUCUCCAGGUAGAGCGGCCAAAUAGUGACAUAUAAACCCUGUUGUUUAUUGUACUUUGUAUAGUUUCCUCCUCAAAGUCAUAAUGUUUUAUGCUUUGCACUGUUCAUAGUAGAUAACAGAAUUGUAAAUAUUCAGCCUUUUGAUGACUUUUAUAUUUUGAAUUAUCUCCUCUAAAAUUGUUAACUAGACAUUUGUAACCUUUUCCUGGAUUUGGAGCUAGAGAUAAAGGAAAACAACUUUGAAAACACA